AUGGAGCUUACUUCUUACAGCGUCGAGGGUACUGAUCGGUUUGUCCACCGAUUAGGGGAGAUUUACCCCACAGGCACCUUCUCCGACCUCACCAUUUACACCACAGACCAAGCCCUGAAGGGAAUUAAAGAGGCCCAUACACUCGAAAUCAAGGAUGAGCAUCCACGUGUCGUUGAAGCCAUGAUAAACUCUUUCUACGGACUACAUUACGACAUCAACCAAUUCUCGCCUCGAAUGUGCCCCCUGUUGUUUAAUGUCCAAUUAUACGCCAUUGCCAACAGAUUCGAAGUGGAAUAUCUCAAAGUUCAAGCAAAAUUAACAUUCGUCACGCUCGCCCAAGACCACUGGGACAAAGCCGAAUUCUUGACUGCUGCUUCUGAGGUGUACAAAACAACACCACAGUCGGACCGAGGUCUCCGGGAUGUGGUAGUCGCGGUUUGUCAAAAGUACAGGAGGGAGUUGCGUGAGAAGAAAGAAUUCGAGAACCUGGUUCAAGAAACUCCCGGGCUUGCUACCGAUAUUGUGCUGCUUUCGCACAGGUGGUUGCCUCAGUCUGCGUCUACGAGAGUUCGUCUUGUUCAGUCUUUCUCUUGUCUGUCUUGUUUUGCGAAAUGGCAGAUCCAGGUGGGGUUGGCUGAGUUCUUUACUACUUGUCCGUUUUGCCAUGAUGACAAGGUUGGGACUAUUUGA